AUGGGUGUGAGCGUUGAUGAGGUUGACUUUCCUGUUCGGGCGGAGGGACUUCCGCAUGAGCUGCUGCCCUUGUACCGCGCCAGUGUGGUGCAUUCUGGUUUGAAGACCGUGUACAUUUUCCGGACAAUGGUGUUUGCAAUUCUGAAGCGCAGCCGUGACAUGGUCCGGUACUGCGUGAGCCACUUGGAGGUGUGCGCGACCCCUUCGCGACUUUUCGCGUUCAUUAUGGAGUUUGACGGUGUUUGCGGCGAUGCGUCCGCGCAGGAUACCGUGCACUUCAGCCAGGUUGGCGUCCAGUCCAAUGCCUUGUCGCGCACGGUGUAUAAUGAACUGGCGCCGGAGAAUGAGGCCUGCGAGGACGAGGUCCGAGUGCUGCGCACGGCCUCCGGUGCUUUAGGGCUGGUGCUUUGCACCCCGGGGCUUUGUUGCGCCUUCUUCCCAGUGCUCUUGGGCUUGUCGGAGGCUGAAAGCAGGCUGUCAGAUUUGGCGAAAGGCAUCGAGCAAGGUCGAGCCAGACAGCCCAGUUCGAUUUUUCGUGUGCCACUGGAUGAUGUCUUGAGCAAAUACGCCGGGCUUGCUCACCAUGUCAAUCGCCUGGCGAAGGAACUCUCCUCCACCGUGAUGUGGCUCCUGCUGGCCUUCCUAGCCUAUACACUGAUGCCUGGUGAGCCUAGCGUUUGGGCCUCGGCCUGCCCGAGUGAACGAGCCGGGAGGCCCUGCUCGGUGUAUGCGUGGGCGCUCGGGUCUACCGUCACCUAUGCCUUGGCAGUGCUUUAUGGAUCCACCUUUGCAAUAGGAACUCGCUGCUAUGAGAAAGCUGGGUUUCGCUUUCAGAGCCAAUCAGAUGCAGCCUUGGGGACCACAGGAGUUCCCAGCAUCGAAAUGGCAGCGGUACCAGGCCAUGCCUUGUUUGGUGGGGUGGAGCAGCAACAGUCGGAGAUUCGCUCCGCCUUGGUCCGGCCGGCGGCGUUGAAUGCGGUCGACCGCCUUGGGACAGGGGCUCGGAAGGGCGCUCUCUUGGUGGGAAGCUGUGCAGGGAAGGUCGGCUUGCAGCUGAUCGAAGCGGGGCUCCAGGCGACCGCUCCGGGCUGUGCCGGGUCCGGGCUGUGCCGGGUCCGGGCUGUGCCGGGUCCGGUGGAAGGUGCUGAAGGUGUUUUUAGAGGGGUGUACAUGCAGGUGCAAAACGAGCUGUCUGAAGCGACGAAGUCCAAGCUGAAAGACAAGUUUAAGAAGUUGUCGCCAGACACACUCCUGGCCCGCCCGCAGUGCUCCUUCCUUCUCGUUCUAAGCACCGAAGAGCGUUCAGCAGCUGUUCCAAGGGACUCGGAGAACGUGAAGCAAAAGCAGAGGCAACUUUCAUUGCCGAAGAACAUGAUGCAGGUGGUGCAGUCCGCCGGACCCAAGAUCAACGCCAAAGCGCAUCAGCAGUCAAGCCCUGCCUUGGCCUUCGUGCCUGCAGGCUCGUCGGCGAAGGCGACCACCGGAUGGGCGGAUGGCCGGAUGGGACGAGUUGACGAGUGGACGAGUCAGACCUCGGUCUCGGGGCGGUUCCAAGAGCAGUUGAGCGGUACCCGCAGGGUGGCGGUCAAUACAUCGCACCAGGGUGAGCCGGGAUGUGAAGCGGCCAUCGGCCGUGCGUUUCAGAGUCAGAGGAGGUACAGCAACCAGGCCUACCCGGUGUUCCAGGGCGGUCACGAGCCCAGGUUCCCGGGUGGCACGGGUUACGCCACUCCGUUCACCAACGCUGUGCAGCGCUCGGGGUCCAAUCCCGAACUGGCGGGUGAUUAUCAAGAGCUCUUCAAGUUCAUCAUCAUUGGAGAUGAGGCUGUUGGCAAGACCUGCUUGUUGCUGCAGUUCACAGACAAGAGGUAUCGCACAACCCAUCAGGUGACCGUUGGUGUGGAGUUUGGCUCCCGCACGGUCGAGGUGGCGGGGUGCCGCGUCAAGCUGCAAUGCUGGGAUACAGCCGGCCAGGACCGCUUUCGGUCCAUCAUCCGCAGCUACUAUCGCGGUGCGGCUGGAAUGCUCCUGGUCUACGACAUUAGUCAGCGGGAUAGCUUUGACCACAUCCUGCAAUGGUUGAAAGAAGCCAAAGACAAUGCGGACCCGGACCUUGUGAUCACGCUGAUUGGCAACAAGGCUGACAAGGAGCGUGAGAGGCAGGUCCGCUACGACGAAGGCAAGAUGUUGGCGAGAAGCCAUGGUCUUCUUUUCAUGGAAACCUCUGCUGUGACCGGCCAGUCCGUCGACGAUGCCUUUUUGUCUACGGCAAAGCACGUGCUGGUCAAGCAGCAGAAGCGGCAUCAGGGAGAGAUGCAGAAUCCCAUGGUCACACACGGCCAGGAGGGCUACUACUCCAACAACAUGGAUUAUGCAAGCCUCCGAAGUCAUCAACCAGGCUACAUGCAGACGCUGAAGCUGACGCCCGGUGGGCCAGUUCACUCCGGAGGAGCUCCGCCUCCGGCUGACUCGUGUUGCGGAUGA